AUGAGUGGCGAUGGUGAUGGUUUCAACCCUGCUGCAGUGGCUCAGCCAGUAGAAGAUGUGCAAGGAGAUGGGCGGUGGAUGUCACAGCACACCCGAUUUGUGCAGGAGUGCAAGGAUGGAGAACCAGAUGUGCUUUUUGUAGGAGACUCUAUGGUACAGCUAAUGCAGCAGUAUGAGGUCUGGAGGGAGUUGUUCUCACCACUUCAUGCCCUCAACUUUGGCAUCGGAGGCGACACCACCUGCAACGUGUUAUGGCGGCUGCAGAAUGGAGAGCUGGAGAAUAUCCGUCCCAAGAUUGUGGUGGUGUGGGUAGGAACUAACAAUCACGAACACACGGCAGAGCAGGUUGCCGGGGGAAUUCUUUCCAUCGCAAAGCUGCUGACUUCCCGGCUACCAAAAGCAAAAGUAGUUGUGCUGGGUUUAUUACCGAGGGGGGAGCGUCCGAACCCGCUGCGGGAGAAGAACGCGGCGGUCAAUGACUUUCUACGCUCCUGGCUGCCCCGCCUGGCUCAGACGCAAUUCCUGGACGUGAGCGCCGAGUUGGUCCACUCCGACGGCACCAUCGCGCCUCAGGACAUGUUCGACUUCCUCCACCUGACGUCGACGGGUUACCGCGCUGUAGCGAAGCCCCUCAGCGACCUGCUGCUCCAGAUACUGGAAGAGACGCCGGAAGAGCGGAGGGCGUCGCUGGUUUGA